UCAGGCCCUCGGCUGAGACUGAGACGUGUAUGGGACCAAGAUGUCCGACCUAGAUCUAGCCGGCUUCCAGAAACUCGAGACUGCCGGAUGGAUCGUGGCCCUCACAUUCCUCUUCUUUUUCCUCGGGCAUGUCUUUGUUUUCCUGGGCGUGUGCUUUGUGGUACGUGCGAUAUUUUUGACCUACAAGAACAGAACGUUACCGAAGAUAGACACCAGUGGAAAGACGGUGGUGGUCACCGGCUGUGAUUCAGACUCUGAAGCGAUUUUUUGACGAGCAAUGGGAAGAGGCGAGCGAGGAAGUCAAAGAAUUCUACGGACGUGCACAUUUGCAGUGGCUGGCCAGGUUACGUCCUUACCUCCCGUCGAGAAUAUUCAACAGGUUACGAGCCUACUUCUUCUCCUAUAGUGUGUACAAGUAGCAAUAUCUAUAGCAGAGAGACAUGUACAAGUAGCAAUAUCUAUAGCAGACAGGUACAAGUAGCAAUAUCUAUAGCAGAGAGACAUGUACAAGUCGCAAUAUCUAUAGCAGAGAGACAUGUACAAGUCGCAAUAUCUAUAGCAGACAUGUACAAGUCGCAACAUCUAUAGCAGAGAGACAUGUACAAGUCACAAUAUCUAUAGCAGACAUGUACAAGUAGCAAUAUCUAUAGCAGACAUGUACAUGUAGCAAUAUCUAUAGCAGACAUGUACAUGUAGCAAUAUAUAAAGCAGGCAUGUACUUAUCAAUAGUAUACAUGUACUUUGAAAAGAACUUGCAAGGGGUUUUGGU